UACAUAGAAUUCGGAACCAUGUGCGCGCGAGGCCCCCGAGCUUGCGCCGGCCCGGGCUAGGACCUCGCGCGGAGCCGCAGCGAGCGAGAGGGAGCGCUAGGCGAGCCCCGGAGGGGACGCGGCCCCGGCCUGGGGCCCGAGCCCGAGCCCCGAGAGGAGCGCCAGCGCCAGAGAGCCCGAGCCAGCCCAGGCUGCCCCGAGGAGGGCUCUUGGCCUGCUGCUCUGCUGCUGAGCAGUAUGCAGUCCUUUCGGGAGCAAAGCAGUUACCACGGAAACCAGCAGAGCUACCCCCAGGAGGUGCACGCUUCAUCCCGGCUGGAAGAGUUCAGCCCCCGGCAGCAGGCCCAGAUGUUCCAGAACUUUGCAGGGGGAGGAGGAGGGGGCGGGGGUGGCAGCGGCGGCGGCGGAGGCGGCGGGCGUCGCGGGGCGGCGGCGGCGGCGAUGGCCGGUGAGGGCUCUGGACAUCAGAGCUACCAGGGCUUCAGGAAAGAAGCCGGGGAAUUUUACUAUAUGGCUGCCAACAAAGACCCCGUGACCCCAGGCAACCAGCAGCCCCCCCAGCGCAGGCCCUCGGGGCCAGUACAGAGCUACGGACCGCCUCAAGGGAGCAGCUUCGGAAGCCAGUACGGGGGCGAGGGGCACGUGGGCCAGUUCCAGACUCAGCACUCGGCCCUCGGCGGGGUGUCUCAUUAUCAGCAGGACUACAGCGGGCCCUUCUCUCCCGGGAGCACUCAGUACCAGCAGCAGGCCUCCAGUCAGCAGCAGCAGCAGCAAGUGCAGCAGCUGAGGCAGCAGCUCUAUCAGUCCCAUCAGCCUCUGCCCCAGGCGUCGGGCCAGCCGGCCUCCAGCUCUUCCCACCUGCAGCCCAUGCAGCGGCCGGCCGCCCUGCCCUCCUCCAGUGCCGGCUACCAGCUGCGGGUGGGACAGUUUGGCCAACACUACCAGACCUCCGCGGCCGCUUCCUCCUCCUCCUUCCCCUCCCCUCAGCGCUUUAGCCAGUCGGGACAGAAUUACGACAGCAGCUACAGCGUGAACGCCGGCUCCCAAUACGAAGGGCACGCGGUGGGCUCCGGUGCCCAGGCUUACGGGACACAAUCGAACUAUAAUUACCAGACUCCCUCCAUGAAAAAUUUUGAGCAAUCAAAGCUCCCCCAAGGAGGGCAGCAGCAGCAACAGCAGCCGCAGCAGCAGCAGCAGCCGCACCCUGCGCCCCAGCAUACGAUGCCCUAUGGAAACACUGCCCCCAAACUCUCCAUGCAGAGCCAGGUGGGGCAGUACAGCCAGCCCGAAGUCCCGGUGAGGUCGCCCAUGCAGUUCCACCAGAACUUCAGCCCCAUCUCCAACCCGUCUCCUGCAGCCUCUGUGGUCCAGUCUCCGAGCUGCAGUUCCACCCCCUCUCCUCUCAUGCAGAGCGGGGAGAACCUCCAGUGUGGGCAGGCCAACAUGAGCAUGGGCUCCAGAAACCGCAUCCUGCAGAUGAUGCCCCAGCUCAGCCCCACGCCCUCCAUGAUGCCCAGCCCCAACUCUCACACCGCCGGCUUCAAGGGCUUCGGAGUGGAAGGAAUGCCCGAGAAACGGCUCACAGACCCGGGCCUGAGCAGCCUCAGCGCCCUGAGCAGCCAAGUGGCCAACCUGCCCAACACGGUCCAGCACAUGCUCCUGUCGGACGCCCUGGCCCCCCAGAAGAAGAACUCCAAGAGGUCGUCGUCGUCCUCCAAGAAAGCCGACAGCUGCACCAACUCGGAAGGCUCCUCGCAGCCCGAGGAGCAGCUCAAGUCCCCCCUGGCCGAGUCGCUGGACGGAGGCUGCUCCAGCAGCUCGGAGGAUCCCGGGGAGAGGGUGAGGCAGCUGAGCGGCCAGAGCACCAGCUCGGACACAACCUACAAGGGUGGCCCCUCAGAAAAAGCCAACCCCUCCCCGCCCCAGGCCUCCCAGAGCGACCCCCCCAAACUCAGUGCCAGCCCCACGGGGAGGGACGACGCCACCUCGCCAGAUGAUAAAGAAACUUUGUUGUCCGCGGACGCCAACCCGAAAGUAAACGAGAAGCCGAUAGGGGUGAUCGUCUCCCGGGAAGCUAUGUCGGGUCGAGGGGACAAGGCAGGCGGCCAGGAGAAGGGCUCGCAGGAGGAAGAUCCCGCCGUCCCCCAGCCCCCGCCAAGUACUGGCGGGGCAAAGGACGCUGGCCACGGACCCCUGCCCCAGCCGGAGCCCCAGGCGGGGAACAAAGGCCCCAAGAGCGGAGACAGCAGCACCAACCACAACGGAGAAGGGAACGGCCAGACGGCGCACGCCCUCGGCUCGGCUUUCCCCAACAGGACGGAACCCAGCAAGUCCCCGGGAAGCCUGCGGUACAGCUACAAAGACAGCUUGGGGUCUGCCAUGCAGAGAAAUGCCGGCGGCUUUCCUCAGUAUCCUUCGGGACAGGACAAAGGGGAUUUCGGCGGCCACGGCGAACGAAAGGGUCGCAACGAGAAGUUUCCCAGCCUCCUGCAGGAAGUCCUCCAAGGUUACCACCACCACCCUGAUAGGAGGUAUUCCAGGAAUGCUCAGGACCAUCAAGGAAUGGCUGGAGGCCUGGAAGGAGCCAUGAGGCCCAAUGUCCUGAUCAGCCAGACAAACGAAUUAGCGAGCAGGGGCCUCCUCAAUAAAAGCAUAGGCUCCCUCCUGGAGAACCCCCACUGGGGCCCCUGGGAGAGGAAAGCAAGCGGCUCCGCUCCCGAUAUGAAGCAGAUCAACCUGGCUGACUAUCCGAUCCCCAGGAAGUUCGAAAUGGAGUCUCCAUCGUCAGCCCACGAGCCCGGGGGAGGCCUUUCGGAACGGAGGUCGGUGAUCUGUGACAUCUCACCCUUACGGCAGCUGGUCCGGGACCCGGGCGCCCACACCCUGGGACACAUGGGGGCCGACGCCAGGAUGGGCAGGAACGAGCGCCUCAAUCCAAGUUUGAGCCAGUCGGUCAUUCUUCCGGGUGGUCUGGUGUCCAUGGAAACCAAAAUGAAAUCCCAGAGCGGGCAGAUAAAAGAGGAAGACUUCGAACAGUCCAAAUCCCAAUCCAGCCUCAACAGCAAGAAGUCUGGUGACCACUGCCAUCCCGCCGGCAUCAAGCACGAAUCCUACCGCGGCAACGCCAGUCCGGGCGCCGCCACCCACGACGCGCUCUCGGAGUACGGCUCCCAGCAGGACAGCAGGCCCAGCCCGAUGAGACGAGUGCCCGGAAGAAUGGGAGGCAGGGAGGGCAUGAGGGGCCGCUCGCCUUCUCAGUACCACGACCUGGCGGAGAAGCUGAAGAUGUCUCCCGGCCGCAGUCGCGGCCCCGGGGGCGAUCCUCAUCACAUGAACCCACAUAUGGCGUUUGAGAGGGCCAACAGGAGCUCUUUGCAUGCUCCCUUCUCCCCGAACUCUGAAAGUCUGCCUUCCGCCUAUCACCCCAAUACGAGACCUCACGCAUACGGGGACCCCACCCCGGGCUUGAACUCUCAGCUCCAUUACAAAAGGCAGCUGUAUCAGCAGCCGGAGGACUACAAAGAGUGGGGCGGCGGCUCCGCUCAGGGCGUCAUCGCCGCCGCUCAGCACAGACCCGAGGGCCCGCGCAAGAGCCCGCGGCAGCAACAGUUUCUCGACAGAGUCAGGAGCCCUUUGAAAAACGACAAGGACGGCAUGAUGUACGGGCCGCCCCCUUACCACGAUCCCGGGAAUCAGGAGUCCGGCCGAUGCCUCAUGGCCAACGACGGCAUCCCUUCCAACAAGGGCCUCGACCUGAAGCACGGCCCCCAGAAGCUGCAGCAGGAGUCCUGUUGGGACCUCUCCCGGCAGACCUCGCCAGCCAAGAGCGGCGGCCCCCCGGGCAUGGCCAACCAAAAGAGGUACGGCCCUCCCCACGAGGCGGACGGGCACGGGCUGGCCGAGGCCGCGCCGUCAUCCAAACCCGGCAACGUGAUGCUGAGGCUCCCGGGGCAGGAGGAUCAGUCCCCCCAGAACCCUUUAAUCAUGCGGCGGCGGGUUCGCUCCUUCAUCUCUCCCAUCCCCAGCAAGAGGCAGUCCCAGGACGGGAAGAGCGAUGACAAGGGCCGACUGCUUUCCGUCUCGAAAGAAGGAGUCGAUAAAGCCUUCAACUCCUACGCGCACAUGUCCCACAACCAGGAUGUGAAAUCUCUCCCCAAAAGAGAGGCUUCCAAGGAUCUCCCGAGCCCCGACAACAGGAGCUGCCCCGCCGUCAGCCUCACGAGCCCAACCAAGACCAAGAUCCUUCCGCCCCGCAAGGGCCGGGGGCUGAAACUGGAAGCUAUCGUUCAGAAGAUCACCUCCCCCAACAUCAGGAGGAGCGCUCCCUCCAGCAGCGCCGAGGCCGGAGGAGAUGCCGUCACCCUGGACGACAUCUUGGCUCUGAAGAGCGGCCCGCCAGAAGGCGGGACCCCCGCAGGCCACGAAGCUGACGCGGAGAAAAGGAAGGGAGAGGGGAUGACAUCCGAACUGGGCGGCCCGGCGAGCCAGGAUCUGAAUAGUGAAGCCCCUCUCCCUCGCACCUCUGAAGACUGGCGAAGUAGCGGGGAAGACAAAGUCAAGAAGGAGACCCUUGCGGACCCCGGGAUUGCUGGAAAAGAUGCCCCCGGGGCUCUGGCCCCCCCGGCCUCCCAGAAGCCCAUCGGGAGCCAAGGAAGACCAGAUGGGUCUUUGGCGGGAAGUGGACCUUUAGGCUUCCCUGACCCCCAAAGUGGGGUCUCCCCCGCAGGCAUCUUGACCCCUGAGCCAAAUACCAAGUCUGAAGAAAAAGAGGGAGAAACAGUCACUAUUUCACCUAAGCAAGAGUGUUUCCCCCCAAAAGGCUAUUUCCCAUCAGGAAAGAAAAAGGGGAGACCCAUCGGAAGUGUGAAUAAACAAAAGAAACAGCAGCCCCCACCCCCGCCCCCACCCCCAACACAGGCCACGGAAGGUUCUGGAGACGGCGAGCCCAAACCCAAAAAACAGAGGCAGCGGAGGGAGAGGAGGAAGCCGGGGGCUCAGCCCAGAAAACGGAAAACCAAGCAGGCGGUUCCCAUCGUCGAGCCCCAGGAGCCGGAGAUCAAAUUAAAGUACGCCACCCAGCCGCUGGAUAAAAGCGACACCAAGAACAAGUCCUUUUUCCCUUACAUUCACGUGGUGAACAAGUGUGAGAUCGGGGCCGUUUGCACAAUCAUCAACGCCGAGGAGGAGGAGCAGAGCAAGCUGGUGAAAGGGCGCAAGGGCCAGCGCGCGCUGACCCCGCCGCCCAGCAGCGCCGAAAGCAAGGUGCUGCCCUCGUCCUCCUUCGUCCUUCAGGGCCCCGUGGUGACCGAGUCCUCGGUCUUGGGGCACCUGGUCUGCUGCCUCUGUGGCAAGUGGGCCAGCUACCGGAACAUGGGCGACCUCUUCGGUCCCUUCUACCCGCAGGAUUAUGCAGCCACUCUCCCCAAGAAUCCGCCUCCCAAGAGAGCCACGGAAAUGCAGAACAAAGUGAAGGUACGGCACAAAAGCGCUUCCAACGGCUGCCCCAAGACCGACACGGAGGAGGAGGAGGAAGAGGAGGAGGAGGAGGAGCCGCAGCCGCAGCCGCAGCCGCAGCAGCCGCCGCCUCCCCCGCAGCCAAAGGAGCAGAAGGAGCAGCGGAGCCUGGCCGCCCACCCCAGGUUUAAGAGACGACACCGCUCGGAGGACUGCAGCGGCGCCCCUCGCUCCCUUUCCCGGGGGAUCCCUUGUAAAAAGGCCACCACGGAGGGCGGCAAUGGUGGCGGCAAUGGCGGCGGCGGCGGCAGCAGCAGCAGCAGCAGCAGCAGUAGCAGCAGCAGCGAAAAGCCUCCUUCGGACUCAAAGCCCGCGGGGCCCGCGCUGGAAGGCGCAGGCCCCGAGCUGGAGCUACACAUUCCCGAGCUACCUCUAGACAGUAAUGAACUUUGGGUCCACGAGGGCUGUGUUCUCUGGGCCAAUGGCAUCUACCUGGUCUGUGGCAGGCUCUACGGGCUGCAGGAAGCCUUGGAAAUAGCCAGAGAAAUGAAAUGUUCCCACUGCCAGGAGCCAGGCGCCACUUUAGGCUGCUACAACAAAGGCUGCUCCUUCCGGUACCAUUACCCGUGUGCCAUCGAUGCAGAUUGUUUACUAAAUGAAGAGAACUUCUCAGUGAGGUGCCCCAAGCACAAGCCUCCCCUGCCCUGCUCUCUCCCCCCCUUGCAGAACAAGACGGUGAAGGGCAGCCUCAGCACAGAGCAGUCGGAGCGGGGCUGAGGGGGGCACUGUGCCCGUGGGAAUGGAAAUUAAAGAAGCACAGGUUAGACUGUUGAGAUAAGAAGGUGGUGGACGCUCGUGACGGAAUGGAAUCUGUCCCACUGUGCAGCCACGACCCACCCCCACCCCCACCCCUGAUGUGCCUGCCAAUGCCAGCACUCCCUUCAUCAAUUCGUACAUCCCACGUGACUGGUGACGCCACAGGAAAUGCCCAAGGAGUCCGAAUGGCUGUUUCCAUGGACGCAGUCUUCAUAGUGACAAUGUGGGGAGGGUGGGGGGGUGGGCGAGGGAGGGGGGAAGGGAGUAGGGUGGGGGGACUUAAAAGGGAGGGAUAAAAAAAUAUAUAUAUAUAAAUCUAUUUUUAGUCUGGAAAGACUUUGUUUAAAUGAAAGGUGCGCUAUCCCUUUUUAUCCACCUGGUUCUAUUUUCAAAUUAUCCAGAAUUCCAAAUUUGUCACCAGGACAGCAAAAUUGAAAUGUGAAAUUGAAUCAGAGGCCCCAGACUAAGAGCUCUCUCCUUGGGAAAGAGGCCGAGGAGGGAAGCCCGGGCUUGUCUCACGCCAAUCUCGCCAACACUACGCCCAAGAUUAAAAAGCAAACCGACCACGCCAAAUCCAUUCUUUUUGUGAUGAAUUUGUCUCCGAGUGGGAGGGUUUCGGGGUGGGGGGGAACGGGGAGGUCAGGGAAAGUUCAUGUUUUCCAGAGUGGGGGAUGAUGUUUAAACACACAGACACACACAUGCAAGAAAAAAAAAUAAAUUUUUUUUUUCAUUUCAAGAAACACUAUUUAUUUAUUUUUUUAAAAUUUUGAUUUUGGGGUCGAAGUUAACGGUAGAAGCCCCAGAGCCCACGGCGGUCCCUCAGGUCACUCGUCAGACUGCUCGGACCAGAGGGAGCCGCUGCUCCUAGGUGGUCCCGUGUCCACGGGGCGGCCCGGCAGCCAGUGGGCAGGUCGGCCUCUGGGGGGUGGGAGGAGGAGCCUAUCCUGCAGACAGCCAGAAAGACUUUCCACCCUCACGACAUUCCGGGAAGCUGAGCAGCGGGGGAACGGAAGGCAUUGAUUUCUCUGCCUGCUGGGACAGGGAGGUUCCAUGCUUAGGGAAUCAAUGGGGGUUAAGCUGACCAGGAAAAAACCCAGUUAACCCGUAUUUUCUUUCUUUACUUUGCUUUUUAUAAAGGAAGGUGGGGGUGUCAGUGUGACGGCCCCGUACUCUAUGAUUCUUUCUGUUGUUUCUGGUUUGGUUUUGUAAAUCGUAUCAUUUUUCAACAUGAGUUUUAAAAAAAGAAAAACCUAUAAAAAAAUUCUUGUUAAGGCCUUAAGAAGGGGUUAGUGCAUCUUUCAGGGGUCACUCUGCCAUGGGGAUUAAAAUAGCUGUUUCACAAACAGUUUUAUUUAAAAAAAAAAAAAAAACCACCAAAAAAACUAAUAAACUUCAUUUUAACCUC